AUGCAGGCCUUUGUAGGGAGCUACAUAGCCCCUCUAGUACCCCGGUUUAGGACCUCAGAAUCCAAAAGCCCAGUAGUAGAAGAGAAGAGUCCUGAUGUGACAACAGCUCAACAGGUGAUCACUACAAUGAACAAAGAGCAGAAGGCAGCAGAAGAGAAAACCAAGAGACUUCUGCUUCAAAGAGAAAAGAUCAUUGCCAGAGUGAGUGUUGAUAAUCGGACCCGGGCUCUGGUGCAGGCGCUCCAAAGAGCUUCAGAUGUGAGGGUGUACAUCAGCAGAGUGGAAGACCUCAGCUAUCACCUCCUUGAGUUUCCAGAAACUCGUGGGGUCGCAGUCAAGGAGAAGGUGAUCUCGUGUCUGCUUCGACUGAAACAGGCCAAUGACCCAGGUCUAUGCUCCGCUGUCCGCGAGGCGCUGGCUCUGGUGGGCUACCACAAAGCUGUUAAAGGACGUGGAAUACGUAUCCUGUCUAUUGAUGGUGGAGGGUUGAGAGGACUAGUUGCCCUUCAAACAUUAUACAAACUUGAAGCACUGACAGGCAAACCUAUACACAAACUCUUUGACUAUAUAUGUGGCGUCAGUACAGGUGCCAUUCUUGGAUAUUUAUUAGGCAUUUUCCAAAUUCCUCUACGUGAAUGUGAUGACCUCUACCGAAAACUGGGCUCUGACAUUUUCAAGCAGAAUGUCAUUGUUGGUACAAUGAAGAUGGGAUGGAACCACGCUUUCUAUGACAGCGAGGCCUGGGAGAAGCUUCUUAAAGAGAAAAUGGGCUCUAACAUCCUGGUGGAGACGGCGAGAAACCCCCUGUGCCCCAAGGUGGCCGCUGUGAGCACCAUUGUGAACAGGGGCACUCCUCUUAAGGCCUAUGUGUUCAGAAACUACAAUCUCCUGCCUGGGGUGCGGCCUCAUUACCUGGGAGGCUGCCACCACCGGCUAUGGCAGGCCAUACGUGCCACAUCUGCUGCACCGGGGUAUUUCCAGGAGUUCCCUCUGGGCGAGGAUCUGCACCAGGACGGCGGUCUGCUCAUCAACAACCCCACAGCACUGGCGGUGCAUGAGUCAAAGUGUCUGUGGCCGAACACGCCCCUCGAGUGUGUGGUCUCGCUCGGGACGGGGCGCUUCGAGAAUCCCAACAAGAAUAAUGUCACCCACACCAGUCUCAGAACCAAGCUAACGAAUGUGAUCAGCAGCGCGACUGACACAGAAGAAGUCCACGCCAUGCUGGACGCCUUCCUGCCUCCGGACACCUACUUUAGAUUCAACCCCUACAUCAGCGAAGACAUCUCCAUGGACGAGAACCGACAGGAGAAGCUGAACCUGCUGCAGACCGAGUGCAUGCGAUAUCUCCAAAGGAACGACGAGAAGCUGAAAAAAGUGGCCCGCAUCCUGAACCGAGAGAAGAGCUCCGUGCAGAGGAUGUCGGACUGGGCCAAACUCAGGGCCGACAUGUUCAAUGGCUUCUCCUUUUCGUCCAAAGCUGCUGCUGGACUCCUCUGA